AUGAAUUAUUCUUAUGAAAAUUAUUCUAUACUAGUUAUUAUUGUCAUCUUGUUCACAUUGAAUUUAUAUUGUCGAGAGUGUUGGGCAAAAAUUAACAAAACCUUCACAAAAAUCACUACAACAAUACAAAAAAAGAAUGAACUGGGUGAACAACAACGAAUUGCUACCAGCAAGUUAGAAUUAAAUCCUGAAAAGCUAGACUUGCUCCUUUACAAUGUUGCUAUUUUUAGCUUGUUAAAGGAAGUAUUAAAUCUAAUUAAAUAUAAAUCAUCCCUUAAAUAUAUAGCCACAACAGCAGCACAAUUAGCGAGGUGUAUUGUCCCAUUAUUAAAGGAAAAAGGAAACAAAAGAAUUACAAAAGAAAUAAAUAAUAUUGAAAAUGAAGUUAGAAUUACUAGAACUGUUUCAGCCAAAGAAGAACGAGGAUUAGUUGGGCAGAUUGGUUCAUGGCUAAUUCAUGGAUUAGAAAGUAUUGGAAUUAAUGGGAAAACUAUGUUUAGUAAAGAUAAAACGAAUGUUAAAGCGGGGCGAUUCGAACAAAUAGUUAAGACGUUAAGGAUGCGCAAGGUUAUGAGAAAAUCUCGAUCUCUAAUACAACAACAAAACUUUCAUCGUACAAAAUCGAGGAGAAAUAACAAAAUAAAUCGUAAAGAGCCGUCGACUUUAGCUUCCGUAAAUCUUAAUACAAUGAGACGGAGACGAAAUACAGAAAAGAAGGGCAAUAUUAACAAUACCCAUAAUAUUGAAAAACUUCGGCGUGUUCAACGCUUCUUAGAAAAAUAUGAAUUUUGUAAAAAACAUUUGGAGAGAAUGGGAGAGGCUAAUUCUCGUUUUCUUGAGGAUAUUAUUUCUACACAGACACAAAAUCCAGUUGAUUCGCAAUCUUUUCGAUUUUUGAUGGAUAGUUCAAAACUUGAAUCGUUGGAUUUGGAAUUGCAAAAUCUUCUUUCUAAUUAUUCAUUCGAAGCAUUGCCGAUAUUAUCUCCAAAACUUUUUUCGUUAUUUCCAAAUCAAAACUUGAAGAAUAAUGAUAAAAUAAACAUGAAUGGAUUUCUCUCUCCAACAUUGUUGAGUUUUCAAAAUGAAGGGAUUUUAUCGCUACCAACAUUAUUUGGGUAUGCUUCGAGCAACGAGGAAGAACUUGUUGAACUUCUCGACAAAUUCAUUGAAUUGUCGGGGGUAUCCGGUGUUUUGGACAAAUUAAUUGUCGAAAUUGAAACAAAAGCUAAGAUGAUUGAAGAUGAACUAUAUCCGGCUUUGGUAAAAUUGGAGCUUUUGGAAAGGCGGUGGAAGGCUAUACAGAACAACCUCACAGCAUUGCAGAAUAAAAUGCUUGAUAUACAUGGUUAUGCUUUUCUAGAUAGGAGACAGUUCGGAAAAUUAUUCAACAGAGGAAAAAUAAGGGAAUGGCCAAUAUUAGACGAGGAAUUGUUCGAGCAAGAAAUUCGUAGAAUGGGGGAAAUGGAAAGGACUCGAAUGAAAAGAAAUUCUGAGAACUCAUCACGGGAAGAUACGUCUGAUCAAAUAAAUUCACUGAGACCGUUUACUUACACGAACAUUUUGAGACAAGAUGCUGUUGUUGGUGUAAAUAAUAUUCUGAAUGUUUUAAGUCCGGUAGCAUUUAUACCUAGUAUAAUGAGUCCAAAGGCAAUGGCACUUACUGUUUUGUCCCCGACCGCUUUUACUGCAAAUAUAUUAACGCCAAAUACACUAUGGACAGAAAUACUUUCACCAAAAUUUUUUCACACAAAUAUACUUUCACCUAGAGCUCUUGCAUCUUUGGUGUUAUCUCCGAGAACAAUGCUUGGAGAGGUACUUUCUCCAAAAUUUAUUGAGUUCCGAGUGUUAAACCCAACAACAUUCUAUGCCGGUGUUCUUACUCCAAACUUUUUACUUCCGCGAGUUCUUUCGCCAUCCAAUUUUGCAGUUACAGUGUUAAGUCCAAAUAUCCUAUCGCCAAGUAUUCUUAGCAAGGGGAACUUCACCGUUCAGGUUCUUUCUCCAAGUAUUAUGAGUGAUGAUAUUACAUUUGAUCAACUAUUUAGAGGAGAGUGGCAAAAAGAAACGAGCUGA